GAGUGACACUACUACUCCAGUUCUAUCAGAAAAUAUGACCUAUCAAAUAAACAAACUGGAACAAAUAAGCAUUUAUCAAAGUUGGGGUAUUUUGUUGGUGAACUAAACAAUAAUGGUAUUGUAAUAUAUGGGAAACCUACCACGGGUUAAGUUUAUGGGAGAAUGCGUCACUCGCGGAUUAUUUUUAAGAAAAAACUUAAGUGGUGUCAAAAUAAUGAAUCGCAAAUUAAAAUGGACAUCAUAGCGGCACAACAUCGGGAUAAAUUUUUUGGUGAUUUCUGGAAAGAAAUUAACAAAUUGAAUCCAAAGCCGACCAUCCCUGUGAGUGUAGAGGGUAAUCAUGAUCCUGUUCAGAUUGCUAACGCAUUUAAGAAUUAUUUUCAAGUGUAGGGUGUAUCAGUGCCUGCGAGUUCUGAUAUGAUCCGCAGCAAAAGCGAGGGGGAAAGUGUUAGGUUGGUUCUGUCAAAAGAGGUAGCACGGGUGUUGAGGGACAUGAAGCGGGAUAAGAUAAGUCACCUGGGCAUGAUUCUCUUAGUAUAGAAAAUUUGCAUUAUGCUGGGGUUCACAUGCCCAGGGUGCUUUCCAUGCUGUUCACCUUCUGUAUUGGUCAUGAGUACCUGCCUGCGGGGUUGAUGAGUACUGUGGUGGUCCCUAUCAGUAAAAACAAACCGUGUGAUAUCUCUAAAAUGAGUAACUAUCGACCUAUAUCACUCGCUACAGUCAUAGCGAAGGUGCUGGACAGGGUGCUUGAUGAACAACUAUCGAAACAUAUUAGGCUACACGACGCUCAGUUUGGUUUCCAACCUGGGUUGUCCACUGAAACAGCAAUUUUAACACUCAAGAAUACUGUCCAGUACUACACUGAUAGAAAUACUCACGUAUAUGCCUGUUUCCUAGACCUAUCAAAGGCAUUUGAUAUGGUCCAAUAUAAUAAAUUGUGGCAGAAACUGUCUGACGACACAGACCUUCCUUGCGAGCUCAUAUCUCUAUUAAAGUGCAGGUAUUCGAAUCAAACCAAUUAUGUUAAGUGGGAUGGGGCGGUAUCGGAUGAGUAUAGAUUGAGCUGGGGGGUGAGGCAAAGGGGGGCUGACAUCACCCAGACUUUUUAACCUUUAAAUGGAUGGACUGAUCCGUGAGCUCAGCGGUACUGGUAUAGGCUGUUCCAUAGAUGGCACCAUGAUAAAUAUAAGUUACGCCGAUGAUAUGGUACUGCUGAGCCCAUCGUUGAGCGGUCUUCGUAAGUUGAUCUCCAUCUGCGAGUGCUACGCCGAGGCCCAGGGUCUCAAGUACAAUUCUACUAAGAGUGAAUUGAUGCUCUUCAAAGCCGGCUCGAAGACAUAUGACAUACCACCAGUCAAAUUGAACAACCAUCCUCUCAAGAGAGUGGAGAGAGUGAAGUACUUGGAGCACUGGGUCACGGAUACACUCAAUGAUGAUUUAGAUUUAGAAAGAGAACGCAGGGCAUUGUCAGUCAGAGCGAACAUGUUGGCUCGUAGGUUCGCACAAUGUACCAUACCCGUGAAAAUUACACUUUUUAAAGCCUACUGUCAGUCCCUUUAUACGUGCAGCCUAUGGUUCAAGCGUUCACAAAGGGCUUACAAUGCCUUGCGGGAAGAGAGCAGCAUCCCUGAUGUGGGGGUGCGGGACAGCACCAACAGCUACCUGCAACUCAUUGUUGAUAGAGUGGGAUUGGACUGCCCAGUGCUGGCCAUGUGGACAUGUCUACAUGUGCCCUAA